AUGAACGUUUUAAGAUUAAGUUUAUCCAGAUCGUUUUCUAGAAACCUGGUGUUCUCAUCGAGAACUUUCCUACAGCCUGCUUCUCUGCAGAGAUCGGUACCUUUCUCAACGUCCGUUUAUGCAAGGGCCAAGGCUAGCAAGAAAUCCAAAGGUGGAAAGGCAGCCAAAGGAAAACAAGCCAAAGAAGAGCCUGCCGAGGAGGUGGAAUUCCUGGACCCUGAGGCUAUCAUAAAAGCCAUCACUGCUGAAUUUAGCGCAACUGGAUCAGCAUUCAAAGAGAAGGCAGCGGAGAUUCAGAAGGGCAGAGCCGACCCCAAGAUAUUCGACCACCUGAAUAUCGAGCUUGAUCACCACGAAACUUCCUCAUUUACUGAAGUUGCUCAGACGACUUUGAGAGGACCAAAGGCUCUCAAUGUCACCGUCUUUGACCCGGCAAACACCAAGAGAGUGGUCUCCGCUAUCAUCGGAGCUGAUUUGAACAUGAACCCAGAGGUGGAUCCUCUGAACCCUCAGAUGCUCAAGGUCCCACUGCCAUUGGUGUCCUCUGAAGUCAAGGAAGGCCAAGCAAAGGCCCUCAAAGCAACAUACGAGAAUUUCAAAAACUCUACUACAAAUAAGCAAUCACUUUCAUACAUCAGGGGAAAGGCCCUCAAGGACGUGAAGGCAGCAGAGGGAACCAAAAACAUACUCACCAAACUCGCUGCUGAUAUUGAAAAACUUCAUAAAAAGUACGCAGAUGAUCUGCUAAAGGAGUAUAAGCAGGCCACACAAGUGGUUCUGAAAUAA